AUGCGCUUUCAGUGCUGCAUCACGUCCAACAUCCAGACGCGGGCCAUCAAGACUCUUGAGGACCACCCCAUCCGUCAGUACUUUGAUGCCGGCGCCAUUGUGGUGCCCUGCACCGACAACAAGACGAUGAGCAACUGCACGCUCACGGGCGAGUACGCCCUCUUCCAGAAGACGCACAAGUUCAACGUCGAAGAGAUGCUGCGCCUCAUCGACUACGGCUUCUCUGCCGCGUUCAUGCAGGCGACCCACAAGCGCCGUCUUCGUGGCGAGGUCCUCCAUUCGUGCCUCCAGAUCCUCCACGACGAGGGCUACGAUCUCGACGACAUCAUCGGCACGUCGCACUACUGGCACUCGAUCGGCGUUGACCUCUCGCAUUUCGCUAAAUCGCCCGCCGUGAGGAAGCAGCACGGCUACUGGUCGGGCAGGGUCAACCCGCCCAUCACGCUCGACAUCGUGCGCGCCCUCCCCAAGGCCGACCUCAACUGCCGCAUCGAUGGAUCGGUGAGCAUUCCCUUGCUGUGGCAGGAGCUCCAAGCGGCCAAGAUCGAUAUGAAGCAGAGGUUCGGCCUCCCGUGCAGUUCUCUCGAGGCCGACCUGAUCGCCGAAAACAAUUCGCUGGACUUGCGCCGGAUUGUCUUGUCUCCGACGCACGACGAGGCCAGCUGGACGCGGGUGAAGCGGAUCUUCAACUCGGUGCUCCAGCACCCCGACCAGAUCAAGCGCGCCACGGACGAUAUCCUGCGGGCCGCCGCCGACGAGAACGUGAGAUAUAUUGAGCUGGUGGUGAGGCCUCGCGCGCACACCCACGCCGAGAUGACGAUCGCGCAGGUCAUCGACCACAUGAAGGAGGCCGCCGACGCCACCGUCGCCUCCCUUGCCGCCGAGGGCAAGCCGUUGCAGUAUGGCCUGGUGGUCUAUUCGAGCUUGGCCAAGGACGACCCCAUCGACUUCCUGCAGGCCGCCCAGCUCACCGUCCAGUCCCAGAGCAAGGGCGUCUGCGGUUUCGGCGUACUCGGCACUCGCGACCUGCAAGCGUCCGAGUACGAGUUCUUCCGGGGCACGUUCGACUACCUCAAGCGGAACAACGCCAACGUCAACAUCUCGGCCGGCCGUACCGAUCCAUCCAAUGUGGUGAAGGCCAUCCACGAAGGCGGCGCGUGCCGCGUGAGCGGAGCCUAUCAGGUCCACCGCAGUCCCGACCUCAUGAACUACUGCGCCAACCACUCAAUUCCGAUCGAGCUCGGACUGGCGGACAGGUUCAGUAUCUACGUCUCCGACGUUCGCACGUUCGCUGAGGUGAACGUGAAUGACAUGGUGUCGACCUACAACUCGGACGUGCGGACCUUUGCGGGCAACCCCAUCCGGCUGUUCCUCGACAACCUUCUCCCCGUGGCCAUCUGCAGCUUCAAGAGCUCGGUGUCGUCCAAGAACAGGAGCGAGGUGCUCUUCGAUCUGGUCAACGAGUGCAACCUGUCCAUCGCCGAGCUCAUGAAGCUGCUCUCAUGCUCCUUCGAAAACAACUUCCAGCCAUAUGACGUGAGACAGAAAAUGGUGGCCAAGGCGUGGGAGGAGGCCAGCACCUAUCUGAGCGCGCACGGCUAUUCCUCGCUCUACCGGCAGCACUAUUUCCCCAGCUUGGGCAAGGGCAUGGAUUCCUUCUCCGACGCCUGA